AAUGAGUAUACCUCACCCCUUCCCCUCCCUCAUUUUCGGCCAAGGAGAACCAGGGAGAGCAAGAAAAUCCACCCAACCUCCUUCCUCCAUUGUUGAAGAAAGCUCAUCAAAGAGGAAUCACCCAAAAAGGAGCUAAAGUGCUAAAAGUGUGAAAUAAUUAAGGGAAUUGUAAAGGGUAUUUCAAGUGAUUUCACAAAGUUGGAAAAGUCGCCGGAGUAGUCGCCGGAGUUGACCAAAAGUCGCCGGAGUUUCACCGGAGUUCAACCAAGAAGGGUAAAACUUCAAAACGCUAGCUCAAGGUUGAAGCUAGAGCUUGCUACUUGCACCUUCUCACGGGUGAUAUCAAAUCAGGGAGACGUGAAAUGGAGGGCAGGCGAAUGGGGACCAGGAACAAUCCGAGAGGGCAAGCGCCGGUGACAUCCCAAAGGGGAAGCCGGGCUGCAUCUCGGGGUUCGGGAGGAGGCCGGGGAGGCCGUGGGAGCCGUGGAGGUCAUCAAGCUCAAACUGUGAGUGAUGGCCAUGUGAGCUCGGUGUAUGAAACCAACACCGAGGACUAUGACUCAACCUAUGUUCCAGAAACGGAGCACGAGGAGACCCCGUAUGAUGGGGGUGACACAUACACCGAUGAUGAUGAUGAAGAGAGUGAUGCCAAGUUCGCCCAAAUGGGCGAAUUGCUUGAGUGGUAUCAAAAAGAAAAGCUGAGGAGAGACCUUAGGCGCCAAGCAAGGCGUGGCUCUCGCGGUGCUUCGGGUCAAGGAAGCCGGGGAGCUUCAAGGGCCACUCCCGUGGCGCCACAUGAUGGGCGUGAAGGAGGUUUUGUUGUAAGGAUCUCCAAGUACCUCAAGGAGGCUAGGGCCUUGGGGUGUAGGUCCUUUGACGGCACCGGUGACAUUACCGUUGCCGCCGAUUGGAUCAAGAAGGUGAAGGAUGCAUCAAGGGACAUGCAAAUCACACCGGACGUGAAGUUGACUGUCGCUUCACGGCUCCUUGAAGGGAUAGCUUCUACGUGGUGGGAGAGCGUGGAAGGGAAGUACCAUGGGGAAAUAACAUGGGCGGACUUUGAGCUAGAGUUCUAUGCUCAAUACUACUCCGAGUACGAGGUGAAUGUGAAACGGAGAGAGUACACUAACCUCAAACAGAAAGAGGGCGGCACAGUUAAGCAACUGGAACAAGAGUUUAGAACCUUGGCUAGGUUCUUGCCGGAGUACGCGGUUGAUGAGAACCGCAUGACGGAGCACUUUUGGGAUGCCCUACUCUUGGACAUCCGUGACCGAGCUACGUACUCGCGUCACAUGACCUUCAGUGAGGUGGUGGAGCAGGGCCUUCUCGGGGAGGCCCAAUGGAAUGAGAGAAAAGAGAGAGACGCCGAGGAGGCGAAAAAGAGGAAAUGGCAAAGUUCGGGGCCGCCCGAGCAAGCACGGAAGGAUAAGCACGGUGGAGGUGGCGGUUCGUUCAAGACACCGGCACCACCGGCAAAGAAGAACAGGGAUGCUCGGUGGCAUGCAUCCUCCUCACAAAGGACGGGGCCUCCAAAGUGUGCCAAUUGUUCGAAAAAUCAUUUUGGGAAGUGCAAUGCACCCCCAAGGUGUUAUCAAUGCGGGAACACGGGCCACAUGAAGGCAAAUUGCCCACAAUUAGGGGGAGGAGGAGCUCCGGGAUCCGGAGGAGGAACCAUGACGGGAAGGAACCGUGCGGGGCCGUCAAACGGCGGCACGGGAAGAGGCGGCGCAUCCACAAGCCAUGCCGCAUCCGUCAACCAAGGUGGGACCCAAGCCCGAGUGUACUCGAUGACCGAGGCGGAUGCGAGAGCUAACCCGGAUUCCGUUGCAGGUUGAAGCUAGAGCUUGCUACUUGCACCUUCUCACGGGUGAUAUCAAAUCAGGGAGACGUGGUUCGUGCUUCCUUAUUUUCUUUCAAACUACCGAACACUUGCUCAUGGAUAUUUGUUUUACUACAAACUAUUUUUGGGGCUUGCAUGCCCAUGUUGUCGGCCGGUUGUGGCCCAUGACUUACCGUUGAAUAUUUCCGCUAUUCAUUGGUUUAAUGUGAUGUUGUUAUGUAUGUUUACUACUGAGUAUGGAUGGAUUGUUUUCUCGAACGCCUUGUGUAAUUAAGUGAGGUUGACCCGUGGGUGACGUCACUUAGUUAUACGGCGGUUGUACACGCGCUUGGAUUGCGGUCUGGGGCGUGACAUAUGGGCCGUAUCACCCUUACAACUCCGUUAAGGCUUAAGGCAGCAAUCCAUAGUCCGUAUUGGGCCUAUUGAAUUAUUGUGCAUUGUC